UUUCAUUUCAAUUAGGGUUUGAACAAUGAGUUUUUAAGGUUGAAUUAAAGCAGUUUGAAACCUUAAAUUCUCAUUUUUCUAAACUCAUUGAAAAAGUUCAGGAUGCUGGUUUUGUUCUUGAUGCAGAGAAAAUGUUAUGAAGAGGAGGUUCCUUAUUGAUAUUCCCAGUUAGAUGGCUUUUAGUUGUUUUGGGGGUAGGGGUCAUGAUGAUGGGAUUCACAAUGUUGCUGCUGAUGUGGUUAUUUUUGAGUUGCAAGAGUUAAUUGCUGCUGAUGUGGUUAUUAGGAGGGUAUUCAAAAUUCUAUAAGGGCAAUCUACAAGAUGGUCGGGAAGUUGCCAUUAAAAAGCAUGUAAAGAUGGAGGAACCCAAAGCCUUCUGGGAUGAGAUUGAUGUGUUACAGCUUGAGCAUUUGAGGCACCCCAACAUAAUUAGGAUGAUUGGUGAUAACUUGAUGAUGGUGAUGGAGCUUAUGCCCCUAAAAUCACUUGACAAAAGCUUAUUCGAUUCUACUGGACAACUUCUCGACUGGGACGCUAGGCUUAAGAUAGCAGAGGGAGUUGCCAUAGCUUUACAAUAUUUGCAUUCCCAAGAUGUAGUGGUUAGAGAUGUCAAGCCUCAUAACUUCCUUCUCAGUGAAGAUUUUGAUGCAAAACUGGCAGACUUUGGAGCUGCGAUUCUGAAUUCCUCUAGAACUUCAAAUUCUUCUGGGAAAAUGAUCCUCAAAGGAACUCGAGGAUAUAUGGACCCAGAAGAAUAUAGAGGGAAGGCACAAAGUCCAAAACAAGACGUAUAUUCUUUUGGAAUGGUCUUAUUUGAGCUCAUGACUGGGCGUAGAACUACUGCAUUACCUCCUCCAGUAACUCAUCUAUCCUCUUUAAGAUUUUUUCAUUCUAUUGUGUUACUGAAUUGAUAUUUAUAACUCUAAG